GAGGGUGUGUGUGUGUGUCGGUGCCUUCCCACACUUGGGGCAGCUCUUAUUUAAUGGGGGUCUCCAUGCAGGGCAGACGCCAGAAGAGAUUUUGCCGUUCCCAGUUCCCAUCCAGGAACAGCAGCAGCUUGCAUGGCAGGCACCGGCAUGGACCGCAUGGCUGAGAUAGCCCUGGAGGAGGCGGCUCCUGGGACCAACCAAGCCUCCAGGAUGCACUUCACGGAAGAUUUGCGGAGGAUACGGUGCGCGGUGCUGCUGUGCCUGCUCUCGGUGCUGGUCCUGGCACUGCCCACUGCCUACCUGCUCGUUGGAAACCUCAGAGCGCCCAGCUCCUGCGCUGGCCAGGUCACAGAAGAGAGGGGCUCUCGCUUUCUGACGCAGCGGGCAGUAGAUACUGUUACAGAUACACUUUCCAGUGCAGAAAAGCCAAGAGCACACCUGACAGUGAAGAAACAAGAUUUUACCAACACCGUGGGAAGCCAUCUGCCCAUCCUGCAGUGGGAAGACAAGCGAGGCUUGGCCUUUACCAAGAACAACCUGAAUUAUUCCAGCAACGCACUGGUGAUACCUGUGUCUGGGGACUACUAUGUCUAUGCUCAGGUCACGUUCCGAGGGCUCAUUCAAAUUAACACUAAAACAAAUUCUGUCACUGAGAUCAUCACCAAAGUCACUGACAGUUACCCCGAGCCCACCCAGCUGCUGACCGGCACCAAGACCCUCAGUGAAGAGGGAAACAGCUGGUUCCAGCCCAUUUAUCUGGGCGCAGUGGUCUCCUUAGAAGUAGGAGACAAGCUAAUGGUCAACGUUAGUGACAUCAAGCUGGUGGAUUACACUAAGGAGCACAAAACUUUCUUUGGUGCUUUUUUACUUUAGGUGCCUGGCAGCAGCUGGUGGGAGCUUCCCUUCAGGGCCCUGGUGUGAACUCACUGGACCUUGGCUUUGUGGGCAUGCGUCGGGGUGCGAUAUCUGUGCUGUUUUCCUUUUUCUGUGCUGUCAUUCCCCUGCAGCUCAUUGCAUCCUUAAAUUAAGGGGUAGGGAAAGCUGAAGCCACAUGCUGAAUUGAAACAAACAAACAAAACCACCAAAACAAAACAAAAAAUAAAAACAAAACAACAAAAAAACCUCACAAACCAAAUUAAAAAAAAAAAAAGAAAAAAUGGAAGUCAGAUUAGAGGAAAAAAGGUAUUUUUGAAAGUAAAAACUGAGACCUCUUCCAAACUUUGUAAACAAGGGAGGAACAGUUUAUACCUGUGGGUAGGAAUAUUGAUCUUGAAUAUCACAGCUAGGCUGCAUAACUAAUUCCACCUCCAAUGUACAAUUUGCUCAGCUCAAAAAAGUGUUUUAAACUUUCUCCAGCAUUUCCAGUAUAGUUUUGCAUGACCCUUCUUCAGAUUCUCAAUUCUAAAAGGUAAUUACUUUUCAUCAUUUCCUUAUUAAUAGAUUUGCUCAGUACUUUGCACUAAUAUAAAGCUCAGAUUAAUCAUUAGCUGCUUAAUUAAUCCCUUGCGUUUUCCCUGUAAAGUAGAUUAAAAUUAUAUCUUGUGUUUUGCAGAAGCUACCUGAAAUCUUUUUUUCCCCCAAGAAAUUGUUUACAGUUCUUUAAGUCAACACACAGCCUCAAAACUUUAUGUGAAAUUUCUAGGGAACAUGCAGAAACACUUUCUGUUUCAGCUUGAAAGUGGAAUCUCCCUACCAGGUCCUAGCAUUAGGAAAACAGAAAAGACAAGACAGAGACAGACACGCAGCAAAAUUUUCCAGACUUUUUAAAUCAUCCACUAAAAUUUCAAGAGAAAACCUCUGCAAUAUUUUGCUUUCCAUUACACUUAAUGCAGAGCAAGUGCAACUAAAGAAAUCAGUGCCUUGGUGCUCUCCCUUGCAACUGUUGCCAAUGCUGCAGUGGUCCCCUAACUGCAAGGGACUCCCCAGCCCACCCCUGAGUGAAGGCUGAAAACCAGUAGUCCCUACACAAGGUCAAAAGAUCCAAAGACACGAUCAUGGCAUGCCACAGCCAGGUGCGGAGCUCAGGAACGCCUCCCACUUUGCACUUAUUUAUUUUCAUAGACCUUACUGUCUCUCAGGGAAAUUCCUCAUCCUUUCUUCUCCUCCCACAAUAAAUACAUCACUGACAAUGACUCAAGUCAUAUUCUUGUAGAUUCAGCCUUUACACUCCUAACUACCAAGAGGUCUCACACUUGAGGACCCGCCACCAGGCCUUUCUGCAACAACAAGGCUUCAUUCUCUGCAACUUGUUCUCUUUCCUGCCUCACCUCACUGGAUUUCCUCCAGUUUCCACUUCUUGGCCAGAAGUGACAGCAAGGCUUGAUUGCUUAGUUAACAUUUCUGCUCAAAGCCAGGGUGGAGCCCAAAAGCACACUGAGCAUCAGGGAGGCACUGCGGUUGGAGAAUACAUAGCACUGGGGAUGGGAGAUCGUGGCUAAGGAGCUAAAACGGGCAGAGGAGUUCUCUGGCGAAGACAGCCCAGCUAUAAAGGACCACAUUGCAGUCCAACCAGCAGUGAGCCCAGGCUGCUUUGCCCACAGCAAGCCUCUUCCUAGCAGGAGACCAGUUAUUGCUGUGUGAAGAUCUGUUUGAUCUGACAAGGAAAGUCAGUAGCACAGCUGAAGCAUAGAGCAUAAAGGAAGGCCAAGGCAGACUGGGGUGAAGGGAGGGGAGGAGCAGAGGAGGAGGUGGGAAAUCCAGGCAAUACCAGGAUCUCUGCCUCUUCAUGGCUUGGUGUAGGCACCUUCAUGCUGACAGCAUGACUAUACCUCUUAAACCUAGCAGAUCUUUUAUGUAGUAAAUCACCUCGGAAAAGAAGGCUUUUUUGACCAUCCUUCCCUAUUCUGCAGUGCCUGGGUCCCAUAGUACAUAGUAAGUCUCAGUCCUUCACUGUUUUAUCUACACUGUGACUGCAUUAAGCAUAUCGCAAAAGCUAGGAGCUUGCCAUCUUGCCCUGCCCUUCUUUCCUCAGUCAGUGUCUGUCUUGCUUCCAGAUUCUCCUUUAGUCUAGGCAUUUCAUGUUGGUCCACUGUACAACACCACCCAUCUAGGAGACCUUGACAAUGUCCCUGAAUCAAAAUCUCAUUACAGUUUGGCUUCCAAUCCUUUCUUUGACUUGUCCUUUGUUUUCCCCACACUCACAUCUCAGCUGUCCUCUUGAUCCCGUUCUGCCACAGGCACCUUCCUGCUGUUUUGGCCCUGUACCAUCAGGUGUAAGGACAUCUCUUUCCAAUCUAAUUUUCUACAUGAAACUUCUCUCUUACAAUCACCCUGGUGCACAGAGAAAAACUGACGUCUGAAAAUAGGAUAGGAUGGCAGAAAGUAAUGUUAAAGGUCCUGCUAGCCGGUGCGAACACUCUUGGCCAAAACAUCCUCUUAUGGCUUCAUUAGCUAGAUUCACUUCCAUUUUUAAGUCCUUACUCCUAUGUUUCCUCCACCUGUUCAGCCUUUUUUUUUAAGCUGAAACUGGCUAAGAUGGAGGCAGUUAUCCCCCAUGUAUCUGUUCAGUUCCUAGCACACAUGACCUGGCCUCAUUACUUCUCAGAAAGGGUAUCUUGUGAUCCAGCUCCUUGGCAGAGCUGUCCUUACUGCUCAGAAACCCUCAUGGCAUAGUAAAAUCUGGUGAAAUCUCACUUUCUUGGCAGUUCAAGACAAGGUUCUUCUCUGGGAAACCCUAAGACUUUCCAUAUUUCAGAUUUUCUAGAGUUCCUUCAGCACCCCACUCUGAGUUCUUCUGAGCUUCUGAUCCCUUAGCUAUGUGCCCAAAAGAGGACCUGAACUCAUGAAAACAUUAAAUUUGCAGCUCUUGCAGACCACUACCUAAAGCACUUUAGGCGACUAGCGCAUGAAACAACGUGGUAAAUCUCAUAAAGGGAAGACUUAAAAGUGACCUGUCCAGGACAGGUGAUUUUCAGCAACUAGGUAGGAAAACUUCUGUGAAGUGUUAUAUAGCAUGAAUUUGGUUUAUCCUUGAAGAAAAUUGGAGUGCAAAUUCUAGCUGUUCUGAGAAAUUCAGAAAGCUCUUUAUUUCUACAGAUGAGAUGAUGUAGUAUUCUUCUGGGGCCAUACCACAAUCCUGAUAGGCUUGUACAGACAGCAGAUUUCCAUGAAAAUUUUAUCUAAAGGCAUCAACACUUAAUGUUUGAUGCACUGAAUGAUGGUAAAUAUGAGGUCUGGGGGAGAGGAGUGGUGAAUGCAUUAUUUGGCAUACAAUAAAAGAGCCUUCUAUGGGAUAUAUACACAUAUAUACAUAGACAUAUAUUUGUGUAUAUUCCAUAGAAGUUCUAGGAAGCCCUUUGGCAAUAACGAGCCUUUUCUGCCACAAAGCACAUAAUUUGCGUCCACUGUACAUUAAUGAGAAAUUUCACAAGUGAAAAAUUGCCCGCUGCGGCUUCAUUACAGGCAUGACUCUCUUGACCCAUUAUCCAUGGCACAAAAAUAAGUAUUUUAGUCCAGUUAGAGCAAGCCUUUGCACCCCAUUACAUGCACCAGCUUUCAGCAUAUUUAGCACACUAGCACAUUUUAUAUGACAUAAAGUAAUAUAUCUGGCAUUACUUGUUUUAAAGUGGUGCGGGCAUAUUAAUCCACACAUCUACCCUAGUGGAAAUUCUCUUUCUCCUCUUUUUUACCCUCUCAGGGCUAAUAAGGCUUAUGUUACAGUGACCAGCAAAUAUAAAAAGUAUGCAGGGGCUGAUUCUGACACUGCUGUAUAUCAGAUAUUCCUCCACAGAAGUCAAUGGCAUGAAGUCAGGGUAAAGCCAGUUAAGUGAGACAGAGGUCAAGCUUAAAGAGAAAUAUCUCAAAUACACAGAACCCAAGUUGUGGAUUCUCAGAUUUUUCCAAAGCUGCACAAGGACAGAAGUGUUCUCAGAAACUUGUGUUUAUUGAAUUAGAAAAUUUCUUUAACGUAAAUCAUUUCUGGAGAUGCGAAAAUGCAUAUGCAUCAGCAUUUUCAGCUGAAUGAGAAGAUGAUGAAAUCUGGUCAUGUGAACAAGUGACCUUUCAUCUGUGGUUGAACCGAAAAUAUGUUUUAUUUUGGGUGGAUGUGAAACCAAAACAGUUAUAAGAAAAAAAAAUCCAAGCUGGAGAAAAAGGGUGAAAUAGGCAGGUCAUGCUAACUGAGUUAAAAAUAUAUAAUUUCUGGGUUUGACCCUUACAUUUCUUAGGGCAGGGAAAAAAUAAUUUAAGCACUUUUCAGAACAAAACCAUUGAAAGAAAAAGUAACAGAAUUUUUUUUUUUAAUAUGAAGUCUGAUCAAAAUAUUUGCGUUCUUAGGAAUUCUUUUCUUCCUAAUCUCUUUGAUCCCCAAAAUACUAACCCUAAAUGUAACCAAAACUCAUAAAAAGGUUCACUUACCUACCGCUGCCUUUCCCCUUAAAAAUUAAGUAUUGGUAAAUAAGCAUUAACUUUCUCUCUGUAUAUGUACAGAAGUAAACUUAAAUCAAGCUAUAAGGAUCACAGCUCUAAUCUUACCAACAUAUACCUGUGCUGUACUUAGUGCCGAGCUUGUAGCUAAAGGGAUAUCAUCACAAAAGUGAGCUCGGUGUUCCUAUCCCGUGUAUGGGAGGAGUAAAAUCUACGUUACUCAAACUGAAAGUGGGUAAAAAGUUUUACCUGAGUCUACCCUCGACUACACCAUUAUAGGACCAACCCUUCAAAUGAAGGAGUGCUUACAUGGACCACCUCCAGCACCUAUAUGUUGGCAGGAUUAGGGUCUAGAGGUGGAAAGGUGAAGGUCACGUUCCUUAGAAAAACAUAACCCAAAUGGCGAAACGGAUGCUGCUGAGAUGAUUGUGGACGUGAGAGUUCAGUAGAUAUUAGGAUGAGCAGACCCCCAGUAAAAAGGGACGCUACCAGGCUAUACUGAACUGCAGGACAGACCAAAUGGAAUGGGUUAAGGUACUCGCUUGUGAUUUUCAAUGCAGAUAUCUCAGAAUUUUGAAAAUAUCUCAUUUUUUCACCUUUGUAUGGUAUAACUGACCACACUGUGUUUUGUUUUAUUAAUCUCCUGAGUGGCCCAUCAUUUCAAUUGAGAAAUGAGGAGAAAUAUCAUUCUUUAGAAGAAUCAGAAAAUGUUGAGAAUUUUUGCCCGGAUCUGGGUAUUAGACACCAGUAUAGCAUUUUGCUAUUGUAAUGUAUUUUCAUGUAAGUGAUUAUAUAUUGUCUUGUGCUUUAGUACUGAUGUGUGUCUUUACCAGUAGGACUUAGCUUCUUGUUUCCAAGUUUUAUGAUAAUAAAAAUGCAAGUUAACUAAUGUGACAACUUCUGAUCCUGGUCCCCUUCCAAAAACUCUAAGCAAAUAGCACUCUUAAGAGCAAUCAGCUAAUACAGCCAGAAAAUGCUGAUGUAUAAGAAACCGAUUUUGUUGUGUGUUAAUGUAUGGAUGAUUGUUAUUUUACACAGUCAGAGGUUCCUCACCAGACUGAACUCAGAUUUGGUCUUUUUCCCACAGGUUUAUAGAGACUUGCGUUUCAAAAGGGAAUGUAAAGGUUGAGCAGAUUUUCUUUCUCAGUGCCUUUUCCCCUUCACAGUGUGGGGAACAGCUGGUUCCUUCUUUUUGUUAUUUCUUAGUUUAUUUUGAAAAAGAAAGUCCUACCAGAAAGGCAGUGCUUGUCAGAAACUGCAUCAUAGCUGUACUCUCAGCCUGCUGAGUCAGGGAGUGAUGCUCCCCGCCGAGCACCCAUGGGAGACAGGAACCACGUUAUCCCAGCCACCUUUGAAAAUCACCAUCUGCCCCAAAAUGCAAGUUUGCCCUGUCUGCAACCACACAGAACACCUUGGCAGCUCGGGAAUUGAGUGGUUCCAAUUGCUCAGCUCCUGGCUGCCAGGCACAACCCAGCUAGGAAAAGAUGCUCAAAGCCUGGUUUGAAGGCAGCAGAGCUCUGGGCACCCUUAGCCCUGUUCUAGCUUCAGCUUUGCUGUCCUUACACUUCCAGCAUAAUAGCAGCAUCCACUGGAUAUGCAUUUUUAUCUUGGGUGGUGUUGUCUCCAAUUCCUCUGCUGCCAGGAAUGCAAAUUCUUUCUUUCCACUAGCAGAAUUGAGCAGCAUUCUCCCAUUGGGCUUAUUAUUUUGUAUUUCCACAAUUUCUGUUGUUUUUCUGUCUUGAACUCAGAGUAUCAUAUUUAAAUAUCUUCAGAAGAGGUUCCUGGUUAAGGGCUCCAUGCUCUGGAUCAAGGAAUGUUUUCACUUGAAAACUCUGAUGGAAGACAGAUGUUUACCCUGGUUUGCAUCCACCUGCAAACACCCGAGAUGCUUUGUUGGGCUGUGAGCGGCAGCCUCUGUAGAUCAGCCAAGAGUUAAUUAGAGUAGGAAUCAGAUUGCUUUCUCC